CAGUGGCAGGUGAGGCUGCGGCCGGAGUGGACGGGGAACCGGGACUGGGGACAGACGGCGGACGGCGGCGGCUGGAUCUGGAUCUGCCCACUCCGCCACGUCCCUGGCGCUGAAUUACACUUGAGUUUGUUUUCCGCCGGCCGUGCCCACAUGUGCCUGUCGGACGCUGGAGGCGGCUGCGGCGGGUUAACCUAACGCUCGCUCGCUCGCUCGGUCACUGAGUAGAAGAAGAGGACAAAACAUCAGUCGUACACGGUGACCUGACAAUCAGUUGGUGGAAGGAUCAUACUGGAUUUCAAGUAAAGAAAAAAGAAGUCAAAAUGAACAAAUUGAGACAGAGCUUCAGACGUAAGAAAGACAUAUAUGUUCCAGAAUCAAGCCGACCGCACCAGUGGCAGACUGAUGAAGAAGCAGUUCGCAGUGGAAAAUGUAGCUUCCAGGUUAAGUACUUAGGCCAUGUGGAGGUAGAUGAAUCUCGAGGGAUGCAUAUCUGCGAGGAAGCUGUCAAGAAAUUGAAAUCUCAGGAAAGGAAGUUCUUCAAAGCCCUGUUUGGAAAAACUGGAAAGAAGGCAGUUAAGGCCUUGCUGUGGGUAUCAGCCGAUGGACUCCGAGUAGUAGAUGAGAAAACCAAGGACCUGAUAGUUGAUCAAACUAUAGAGAAGGUAUCCUUCUGCGCCCCCGACCGAAACUUUGACAAGGCCUUCUCAUACAUUUGUCGAGAUGGUACGACCAGGCGUUGGAUCUGUCAUUGCUUCUUGGCUAUACGAGAUUCGGGCGAACGCUUAAGCCAUGCUGUGGGCUGUGCGUUUGCAGCGUGCUUGGAAAGGAAGCAGAAGCGUGAGAAGGAAUGCAAUGUCACUGCCACUUUCGAUGCCAAUCGAACCACAUUCACCAGGGAAGGAUCCUUUCGAGUAAUCACAGCCACUGAGCAAGCAGAGCGUGAAGAAAUUAUGAAACAGAUACAGGACACCAAGAAAGUUGAAACGGAGAGAGUGGUGGUAGCUACUUCUGCUGCGUUUCCAGCAGCUCCAUCGAAUUCACCGUCUGCCCCAUCCACUGUGACGGAAAACAAGGAAUCCAGCAACAUCCAUGCCAUACCCAGGAGGCAUGCACCUGUGGAGCAACUUGCCAGGCAGGGAUCUUUCCGAGGGUUCCCAGCGCUGAGCCAAACAACGUCUCCAUUUAAGAGGCAAAUGUCACUUCGAAUAAACGAGUUGCCUUCAACAACACAGCGAAAAACAGAUUUCCAAAUUAAAAGCACAGUGCCUGAAGUUGAAGGUGACUCCGGAGCGGACAUCGACAGUAUAAGUUCCCUGUGCUCCCAGAUAACACAUGCAUUCAGUGGACAAGUGGAGGACCCGUUCUCAUCUGCACCAAUGACCAAACCUAUUGUGGGUGUGGUGGCUUCCCAAGUCGUCAAUGGGGCAUCCUCCACCUUCCCGGCACCUGUAGCAGCACCGGCCAUCUCUCCCACAGUGAUGCCGAUGCGUGACACCAACCCUUGGUCCCAUGUCCCUGCACCAACCAGUGUGGCGACUACAGUUGCUGCAGCAGGCAAUGAUUGGGGCAGCCCUCCCGCUGUGACCACCCAGUUUCAGCCGGGUCACCAGCGCACACCGUCGGAAGCUGACCGCUGGCUUGCGGAGGUGUCCAAGAGCGUUCGGGUGCACCCGUCGCCCCAACCCACGGUCGCACCACCCUUCCAGAGCGGCUUGUACGUCACCCCUCAGCCAGCCUUGGUCAGCGUGGUUCCACCCAUGCAGCCUGCUUUUGUCCCCACUCAGCCUUACUCGCUGCAGGCCAUCAAUGGCAUUCCAUUCCAAGCUCCGAGUCUGCCCGUGGUGGGAAUAACCCCUUCACAGAUGGUCGCCAACGUCUUUGGCACAGCAGGCCAACCUCAGGUCACCCACGCACAGCAGGGUCAGAACAUUGUGGGAAUCGCCGCCAGCCCCAGCCCCUACUUUAAACCCGCCGAGCAGAUUACCCGCAAGCAAAUCAACGGUUCCGCAGUUUUCAAUGAAGCAGAAAGUAGCAAAUGGACAUUGGAAAACAAAAGCAGUGAAAUGGCUGCGGGCAAUCCUGAGGAUGCAUUUGAAGCUCAAUGGAACGCGCUGGAGUACAAGUCAAAGCAGCGGGCCACCCCUUCUCCGACUAAUCCGUUUUCCAGAGAUUUAAAGAAGACUUUUGAGAUUGAACUUUGAGCAAAGUCUCUGGUUUCCUUUGUCGGACGAUUGUGUGUGGAAAGCAUUCAGUGUUGAUAAUGGGCAUGAAGAACUGCUUCAGCAGUCCCUGAGAACCAUUAUAAACAGGGUGCAAAGUUGGACUCAACCAUAUGGCUAAGUUGUUGAAUCAAAGGAGCAUGUCCAUUAUCUGCCUUGGAAAAAAAACGUUUAUGUUGUGGUACAUGUAGGGAUCAGCUGUUGGUUUCUAAACUCUUUCUACCUAUAAUUGUGGGUAUUCUGUGGUGGGACUGCAGGAAGAUGCUGCAAUUCUUGUGUUGGAGCUUCCAAUUUGAAUACAUUGAUGCCAAAAUCUUUAUUUUUAUGCGUUAGUAUAUAUAUUUUAAUAGUAUGGAAAUUGAGCUGUAAGUAAUCUUGCCAAAGGUAAAACACCGAAAGGUUGUACGAAAUGUACAUAUAGAGAGACUGGUUUAUUGCUGAUGCUAAUGUAAGUACUUCAUGUAUUCCAUCUUUUAAACUGAUGUUUGCAGCGGCCUCUUUGUUGUGGGUAGCACACUUGCUUGAACAGAUGACCUGUUAUAAAUCAUUAGUAUGGAGCAGUAUUGCUAUGGUAAAUGUUUAACCAUGUUCAAUCUUGGAUUCUGUUCAGCAAGACUUUGUUUUGUGUUGAUGACAAUUUUCUUGUUCCCUUACUGCCUUGAAUAGAUUUUUAAGAGGCCAGCCAGGUCCGAUUGCCGUAAUGGUAUGAAAAAGAUUUGCACAAUACUGUUGAGCAGGCUCCUUUGUUGGUCCCUUGUGGUACGCUGACCAAUCUCCUAUUGUGGCGAAAUGAGUCAGUUCUUCUGAGUUAAUUACUUUACGCCUCAGUUGAAAAUUCUGCAGAUAUGCUUUCUAGUUUUGUUUUAAUUUUGACUUGCACGAGCCUUACAAUCACUUGUAAUAAAAAUAAAUUUAUACUGGAGAUUUAUAAUCUUUAACAAAUAAAUGGUUGGAAGAGUAACCAUAUUUGAAAAGUG